UAAACGAAAAUGAUAAACCAAGCUAGACGUUUGACAAAAAUGGCAGCCUCCACACGUCUUAGUUUCAUUCAUAUUAUUUUUACCUGUAUUUCACUCUGUGCUGCGACGAAGCAAUCGUUUUACUCGUUUUCGGUUCAAAAUUCAAAUGGAAAUAGCCUUCCGCUUGAAAAUUAUCUAGGAAAGGUUACCCUGGUAGUUAAUGUUGCCUCAGAGUGUGGAUUCACAGAUGGACAUUACAAAGGAUUGAUAAGACUGAAGAAUAUACUACAAUCCACUGGAAAGUUUGAAAUUUUAGCUUUUCCAUGUAAUCAGUUUGGUCAACAAGAACCUGGAAGUAAUGAGGCCAUUCAGAGGUUUGUGAGGGAAAUUUACCAUGUCAAUUUUCCAGUAUUAGGCAAGGUAGAUGUACUAGGAGAGAAUGCUUCACCAGCCUGGAAGUAUCUGACCUCCUCAUUUGGGUCAGUUCCUGACUGGAACUUCUGGAAGUAUCUAGUAGAUGAGAAUGGACAUGUGGUAAAUGCUUGGGGACCAAGGACAGCUGUGGAGGAUAUCUUCCACGAAGUUAAGGAGAGUAUAGAUAAGAUUGGCUACAAUAAGCCACAAUAUCAGGGCCACCAACAUGACGACGAGUUAUAAGCAUCACUGUGGUUACAGUGACUAGUGUACUCAACAUGACAAUGGGUUCUUUAAAAAAUCACUUUUGGGCUGUAUUGGCUAGUGAUGUGUACCUGAAAUUUAGACGAAAAAAUUAUGGCAAAUUGAAUUCUGCAGGGUGUUUUCAGGUAGUUGUUCUUUUUUGUUAAACUGAUUUGAAAAAAAAACACAAGUUUUAGUUAUGGGAGUCUGUUGGAAAAUUACAACACAAAGAAAUUCAUACAUUGUAGAUUUUAAUGAAACUUCUCACAGUUGUAAAUUAACAUAUUGUCUCUCUCUUUGUUAAAUAAUAUAUUAGUUCCUUUAUAGUGAAGGUUUUUUUCAUGUCAUUUCUUUUGGUUGUGUGAAAGACAAGCAGGUAAAUAUCAUUAUUUUUUUCUCCAUAAGGUUGAUGAUGGAAAACCAUCUGAAAAUGCUUGACUUUGCCCAGGUGCUCAAACUGCCAGUUGUCUAGUGAGAGAUGUUGCAAUGUUUUUAUAAACAGAAAAUCUGCUGUUAUAUGUUAUAUUUGUUAAUAGUCAUAUUGUGUGUAGCAAAUUGGUGCUUUGUAAAUUACCUAUGCAAGUGUGCUAAAUUUAGACAUUUUAUAUAUGCAAGUGUCUGUAUGAAUUUCUUUUGAAUUUAUGAUCUUGUGUAUCACCUGUUUUGCAGUGUUCAGUAUUAAUAUUUCUCUUGUUUUAAAUACUACUACAUUCAUGGGAAAGUGGUGUCCAGUAAAUAAAUUUGUUGUGUUAUGAACUUUUACAUCUAAUGUUAUGUCCUGUAGUUUACAUGUAAAAAAUGAGAAUGUUUUAUAGUGUUUUUAAUGUUCAGAUUUUCAACCAUUUUUAUACGCACAUAAAAUGUGAUAUAUGAGAUGCACAAGCAGUUCUCAAUUAAUGUUCACAAAACUUGGUCAUAAUGUUUACUGGCAUAAUAGCCUCGCCUAGUUCGGUAACCAGCUGGAUACUCCCUGUCACUCAUUAGUUGUAGUCUUUGACUUAUAAAUUAAUAGUGUCCACUUCAAAAAUCUGAGCAGUUCUUAUGCAGUGUUAACUCAAAAUAGAAUAUUUAUUGACCUCUUAUCUUGGGCAACUUUGGUAACCAGUCAGACAGUCUUUGUUGCUGUGGAAUAAUGACGUACUGUUGAAUUAGUCAAAUACAGAAAAUUGAAACUGGUUUGCACAAUAAGAAGAGUAUUUCAAGUUAUAAGUGAUUUGCUGUGAAAGACGUAUAUAUUGUGGCAGUGUGGCACUUUUGUUUCAUAGAAAAAGUUGUUUUAAUGAGUUGCAAUCAUUUAAUGAUAUUUUGAUAGAUGAUUUUAUUGCUCUUAUGCUUGAAAAUACAUGACAGUUAUAAUGGCAUUGUGCUUUGCUGUUGGAUUAAAUCACUAAUUAAAUGUUUUAAUUAUUUGUUUUCAAAAUGGUGUAUAAAAAUGAAUUCACAAAAUGCACCAAUUCCUCACUAGGCUUGUUUGUUGGUCAGUCAAAGGACUUUUUUUUUCAGAUUUACUGAGUUUUCUCAUAUAGGCUGAGUUUCUCUGUCCUAUAGACAAGUUGUGAUUCCUAUCUCUUGGGCAUUUGAAAGCAGUAUUUUAAAUUAAUAGUUGAUUUAAGAAAUAAUUUAUAGCAAAAAUGUGCUUUAACACUAUUUAUGCACGAUGGGUGCUUAUACCUCGGGCGUAAUAAUUUCUCGAGGGCAUAGCCCUCAUGAAAUUAUUUGUACAACUUAUUACCACCCGAGUGUAUAAAUAGUGUUAAAACACUGUUAUGCUAUAAUUAUUUCGAUUCUAAUGUGCCCUUAAUCUAAAACAGUAGAUAAAAUAUAGAAACGCUCUUUCUUGGUCGCAACAAAAACUUUGACAUCACCGCACGUUAACGUGACGUCAUUCUAGCGCAAGAGUGUUUUAACAGAGACAAGCAUAAUUACUAGAAUAGGUAUUAAUACUGAAGAAGGUAUUAUUUUAUUAGAUAUAUGCAUUUAGGCAACCAAGAAAAGGCAACACAAUCCAGCUGUUUAAGUCAGGUGACUGCUAAAGACAAGUUUAAAAAGUCAGUUUCGUAAGUUAACUGAAUUGUUGCUUUCAAGGCAAGUAGCUGCUUAAUACAGGUGCUGUUAUUACUGCAGACAUUUUAAAUUCCUGUAAAAGGUAAUUAAUGUUACUAUCUUUUAAUCAUAUAAGUAUUUCAAGAUGAUUGACAAAGGAGAAUGCAUACUGAUUUGUCUAAAGGGUAACCAGAUUUACAAUUUGGUAAGCUGUUAAUUGAUUAACCAUUGAUAUUCCUACAUUCAUUGUUUAGUUAUAAAGGAGGUUUGAUUCUAAAAGUUCUUGUAUCAUCCAGUAUGGAAUAUAUUGUAUCCAGUAAGGGAAUUGGAUGGUCACCUGGUACAAAUGCAAAUUCCUGAUUGGAAAAGAAAAAUAGUUGUAGAAUCAAUGAAAAUUGUAGUAGAGAUAUACCAAUCUGUGAAGUUUUUUUCCGACUUUUACCUCCAAUGUGCCAAAUACAAGCCAUUAUCUUAGUCCCUUAAUAUGUCCACUUUAAUGUGUACAGCUAGGUAGAAUUGAGUGUUAUUGUUUGGACAAAUUAUGGUUGUAUUUUAUAUUUAAUUUUUACAUUGUCAGUCAUUG